AUGCGUGCUCAGCGCAUACUGCUUAUUCUCCUCUGCACUCUGCUUCUUAUGUCCGCGCUCUUGUUCAGAUGUCUUGGCUGCAACAAGGAGUGCAAGGAUGCGCGUGGCCUGAAGACCCACGAGAGGUCGUGCCAGAAGAACACCGUGUUUACCACAAGCACAUUGAAGAAAAGGGGCCGGGAAGAGGGUUUGAGAGUGGGAGAGAAGGUCGCGCGGAUGGAGAAUGAGAGUUUGGUGCAGAAGGAUAGGGAAAUAUUGCGAGGUCGCCGAGAUGAGACAGAACCGGACGAGUUCGGUUCAUUCCGGUGCUACCCUACCCGCCCUACUGCUGCGCCCCAAGGUCCUGGUUCUCUUGACAAGCUCAGUGAUGCCCCGACGCUCUCUGAACAGCUGGAUGGCGGUAGUACGAGCUCCGCCUUACAGCGGUUUGGACCGGGUGUUCUAAAGACAAUCCAAGACGGCGCGGAGAAAGCAAGAGACUGGUUCUUCCCCUUCCUGAACGUAACUGUCUUCCGUCUCAUGGCUUGGGCCAACACGGGCUCCAAUGUGAAGUCGGACAAGGAGAUACAACGUCUAGUCGACGAGGUCAUCCUGGCCGACGACUUCAACCGUGAAGAUCUACGCAGCUUCCGAGUGCCUCGAGAGUUCGAGCGGCUGGAUAGCAUGGACGCCCCAAACAAUGUCUUCGCGGCCACCGACGGAUGGCACGAAACCUCCGUCAAGAUCCAAGUGCCAAAGGAGGGAGUCAGAUUCACGUCAGAGGCUGAUGCACCCACAUUUACUGUACCAAAUGUCUUCUUUCGGAAACUCACCGAAGUCAUCCGCUCUGCUGCGCAGGCCGCCAAAGGGCAGGAUGUCGAUUUCCUCCCAUUCCGAAGCUACUGGCGCCGCCGGAAGAUGAACCCUGAGCGUGCCGCCAACGGCGAUCCUGGGCACUCGGAUUCUGAGCCAUCUGGGCUGUCGGAUGAUGACAACUCAGGGGACAGGUUCGAGAACAUACGGCUGUUCUCUGACCUCCCCGACACUGACGCCAUGCUGGAGGAGGACGCCAGGAUCCGUGCAAUGCCCCGAAACCCAGAAGAUGCUCCAGAGGUCGAGUACGCUCUGGCACCCCUGAUGGUCUGGUCGGAUUCGACGCAUCUCGCAAAUUUUGGUGGUGCAAACCUCUGGCCGGUCUACAUCUAUUUCGGGUGGCUAUCGAAGUACCUUCGUGCGCGGCCAAAAUCGUUCGCAGCUCACCAUCUGGCAUAUCUACCGUCGCUUCCAGAUUCGAUACAAGACUGGUAUCAAACACACUACAGAACGACUGCAACUGCCGACGUAUUACGGUUCUGCAAGAAGGAGCUUAUGCACGCAAUCUGGUGCCUCCUCAUGGACGAUGAAUUCAUGAACGCGUACCACAAGGGGAUGCUGAUACACUGUGCCGACGGUGUCUGGCGCCGCUUCUUCCCGCGGUUUUUCACAUAUUCAGCCGAUUAUCCAGAGAAGGCUUUGCUGGCUUGCAUUCGCUUCCUUGCGCAAUGCCCAUGUCCUCGGUGUCUCAUCAAGAAGGCAGAUAUUCUACGAAUGGGCUCGUCAAGCGAUCAGCAGCAGCGUCAGAACUGGCGCAUCGACGGAUCAAAAUUGUGGAACAUCAUAGCACGCGUACGCCAAUGGAUCUAUCGCCGAGGCUACGCCUUGACAAGCAAAGCGAUCACUCAAGUCCUGGACCCCAUGUCAAUUUUACCGACAAGGAGUGCUUUCUCAUCUCGUCUCGGUGCUACCGGCUUCAACUUCUAUUCGCUCUUCGCCCCCGACAUUCUUCACGAAUUCGAACUCGGUGUUUGGAAAGCAAUCUUCAUCCACCUACUCCGGAUCCUGUGUGCAGUAGGGAAUGACCGGAUCCAGAUACUCAAUGAACGAUUCCGCCGCGUGCCCACGUUCGGUCGUAACACAAUCCGUCGCUUCUCCCGCAACGUGUCAGGCAUGAAGCAAAUGGCCGGACGCGAUCUAGAGGACAUACUUCAGUGCAUUAUGCCUGUCUUCGAAACUUGUCUCCCUCCGCCACAUGACGAACUCGUCAUGACCUUACUAUUCAAGCUGGCACUUUGGCACGGGCUAGCCAAACUACGUCUACACACCGAAGAAACUGUCGCAAUCUUUCACGCAGCGACACGUAGCCUUGGGAAGAUCGCACGCCAAUUCCUUCACAAGACCUGUGAGGCCUACGAGACACGAGAACUACCUAAGGAGGAGGCAGCACGUGGACGGCCAACAGUUGUCCAGACCGUCAAACGAAAGCUACUCAAUCUGCUAACGUACAAAUGGCACUCGCUCGGUGACUGCCCAUUUGCGAUCCCAUGGUUCGGAUGCCUGGACGGGGUGAAUACGCAACAAGGCGAAAUGGAGCAUCGACAAGUGAAGAGGUUCUAUGUUCGCACGAACAAGAACCAGGCUGCACGUCAGAUAGCUCGAAGACAACGGCGGGAGCAUCAGCUCCUGAAGAUGCUCCAACGCGAUCGUGAGCGGCGCACAGCAGAGCAAGCAGUCGCCAGCGCACCUCUGGCAGAGGAAGCUAGGAAAGCCCCGCCGGCUGCAUCUCAUAACCAAGCCGAAGCUGAUCCGCUUCCCUUCCAAACAUCGCCGCAUGAGCGCUACCAUGUCUCGCGCUCAGAACGACACCACGAGAACAUCUUCAAGUGGGUCAGUGAGCACCAUAAUGACCCGGCAUUCCCUAGCUUCAUACCGAUGCUCAAGGACCACCUACUGUCGCGCCUCACGGACCGGGAAUACGAUGGAGAUGAAGACGGCUUUGGGCCUGAUGAACACGACACCGUAAGAUUUGUUAAUGACCGUAUAUACUUCCAUAAGGCACUCCGCAUCAAUUACACCUCCUACGACAUGCGCCGCGCCCAAGACACGAUCAACCCUCGCACCCAACCCAACAUCAUGCUUCUUGCACCAACCGAAGACGAUGGCGACGACAGCGCCAACCAGCACCCAUACUGGUACGCCCGGGUCCUAGGUAUCUUCCAUCUCAACGUCAAACACCGCGGAUUUCUCUCGAAGUCAAAGGCAGCCCGGCGCAUGGACGUCCUUUGGAUCCGAUGGUAUGGCCGGGAUCUGACCGCCCCUGGUGGGUUCGAGACCUGCCGGUUGCACCGCGUUGGGUUCAUCCCUCACGAUGCGCCAAACUCCUUCGGCUUCCUCGACCCAAACCAGGUCCUACGGGCGUGCCACAUCAUCCCCGCAUUUGCAUACGGAAAAACGCCUGAAUACCUUCCGCCAUCUGUAGCACGCCGGCCUGAGGAGCGCGACGAGGAUUAUGUAUAUUACUACAUUGGCAUGUUCGCAGACCGCGACAUGCUAAUGCGUUUUAUUGGCGGUGCCAUCGGCCAUAAAGGUCUACCCUCCAAUCGCGUCACAGCACGUAUUCGCUAUCCACAAGGCGAACUCAACUCUGCAUUAGUAGACGAGCUCUGGGAAACGUCAUUGGACCAUGAUGCUGCUCCGGUUACCGAAUACUCUGGUAGCGCGGAUCCGGCGCGCGCGGCAAGUGAAGCGGAAGAGGGUGUGCCUAGCGAUGAAGAGGACUAUGGCUACCAAUGGAACUACGACGAGUCGGAAGAUGAUCGCAAUGAAGCGGCUGACGACGAGCCUGAAGUCGAGGGUAAUCUUUCGGAUGGCAACGGUGCUGAGGAGGAGAGGGCAGGUGAAGACUCGCCGGAUGAGCUUGGUGGCGAGGACGGGGAAGAGAUGUGGGAGGAUGACUUUGAACAAGAAGGAUAUGCAUCGCCCUAG